UUUUCAUGGCGGCGCCCUUUCAUUAAGCGUAAUAACGCUGAGAGAAAAGAAAACAAAUACUGGGCUAAGUAAAUAGUGUAGAGCUAUUUCUAUUUAUAUCUUUUUACAGACUCGUUUGACCACCUCCAUUAUAUAGAAAUUCUCAGAGAAGGACGCUUGUUUUCACAAGUACGACUGUGGUUUCGGUGAUACCGUGACUUCAGCAGACUCCUAAAUAACAACAGCAUACAACAAAGACAUCAACACAGGUGAUAAAGACAUCCAUUGGUUGGUUUUAACUAAAAAAAUAAGGCCUUGAUGAAAGAAGAUCUGUUAUGGACCAUCGAGACCCAGAACUUACCAUGAAGAACGAGGAGGAAGAGGAAUUGCAGAGCAGUUCACUCGCCACUGAUGUCGACCAGCUGUUUGUAGUUAAAACAGAAGACCCAGACGAGUGGUCCUGUGGUCUGAACUAUCACAGUGUAGAGGAUGACACAAAGGGGGAGCUCUUGAGCAGUCCACUGCCCACUGAUGACCUGCAAGUAAUCAAAGAAGAAGCGUCUAAUGAAUCGGACUACAGAAUAAAACAUCAGGGUCCAGAACUUUACCUAAAGGAGGAGAUGGAGGAAGUUUCAGCCAGUCCAUUGACAGCUGAUGUCCAGAAGGUGCUAGUGGUUAAAGAAGAAGUCCCUGAUGAAUGGAGCUUCUCUACAACCCAUAGGAACCCAGAACCUCUCAACAGCGUAAAUGAGGAAGAGCAACACCCAUGUAGCGGCGGUAGUGAUUUUGAUGUCAGUCACGAUGACUGGCAGAAAGAAACUGUACGAGAAUUGGAGGAAAAUAAUGAAGUAGAAUUUAGCACACCCCGAAAAUUUUUUAGCUGUUCUAUCUGUCGUAAACAGUUCCUCUAUCAGGAGUCUUUUCAGAAACACAUGAAAGGCCAUUUAGAAAAAAGUGAUUUCAGCUUCAAUGUUGCUGAGAAAGGUUUUAUUGUAAAGCCAAAUUUAGAUUUGGAGACGAUUGAUUCGGAGAAAGCGUUUGGUUGCGAUGUUUGUGGCAAAACGUUCCACCAAAGGUCAUAUCUCUAUAGACACAAGCGAACCCACACAGGAGAGAAAGCUUUUAGCUGCGAUAUCUGCAGUAAAGCAUACAUUGAUAAGUCAACCCUUAGCAAACAUAUGAGCAUCCAUAGUGGAGAGAAAGCUUUUGGUUGUGAUGUUUGUGGCAAAACGUUCCACCAAAGGUCAUAUCUCUAUAGACACAAGCGAACCCACACAGGAGAGAAAGCUUUUAGCUGCGAUAUCUGCGGUAAAGCAUACAUUGAUAAGUCAACCCUUAACAAACAUAUGAGCAUCCAUAGUGGAGCGAAAGCGUUUGGUUGUGAUGUUUGUGGUAAAACAUUCAUCCAAAAGUCCAAUCUUUAUAAACACAAGAGAAUUCAUACAGGAGAGAAACCAUUCAUCUGUGAUGUUUGUGGUAAAGCAUUUAUAUAUAAGUCUAUCCUCAAUGGCCAUAUGUUGGUCCACACAAGAGAGAAAACAUUCAGCUGUGAUGUGUGUGGUAAAACAUUCACGGAAAAGUCCAAUCUCCAUAAACACAAGAGAAUCCAUGCUGUAGAGAAGUCAUUCAACUGUGAUAUUUGUGGGAAAUCGUUCAUCAGCAAGUCGACCUUGAACAGACACGUGGGGAUUCACGCUGUGGACAAACCAUUCAGCUGUUUGGUCUGUGGUAAAACAUUCCACCAAAAGGUAGUUCUCAAAAGGCACAUGGGAAUCCACACGCUGGAAAAAUCCCUCGAGUGUGACGUCUGUGGUAAAAUGUUCAAACAAAAGGCGCACCUUGCUACACAUAAACGAAUCCACACGGGGGAGAAACCAUUUAUCUGCGAAGUGUGCGGGAAAGCAUUCAACCGAAAGGAGAGGCUUUGCUCGCACAACAGAAUCCACACGGGAGAAAAACCAUUUGGUUGUGAUUUUUGCGGUACCAUGUUCAAUGACAGCUCAACCCUUCGGAAACACAUGAGGAUUCACACUGGAGAGAAGCCAUUUGGCUGUGAUGUUUGUGGUAAAAGGUUUCGAUUUAGAUCUAAUGUCAAAAAGCACAUGAAGACCCACACGGGAUAGAAAAUCAAUGUUGUAGGAAAGGAUUUGCUUUGCUCAUAAGCAUCAAAACUUGUCACCAUUGUACAAUUCAACUAUUUGGGAUUAAAAUGUGGGAUUUAAAGUGCAAACAAAAUAUUUUUCCUGUUGUAAGACUGUAUUUACAUGAGAGCAAUGUUGAGGAAAAGUUCCAUGCUUAGACGAGACCGCAAAGAAAUCUUGAAUCAGCUGUAGUUGUCAUGCCAGGCCACAAUGUAGCGCUGUGAUUUUAGCACGUUGACAAAACACACACGCGCUUUUGACACCUCAUUACCUUCUACCUCAUUUAGGAAACAGUGACCAAUCUCUGAUAAACCGAGUGCUCAUGUAACACACAUUUAAUUCAUAUCCAAAGUUGCCUUAAGCUGAAAAGGCUAAGUAGCACAAGUUCCCCUCUGACACCUGGUUUUAAAAACUGCUGAUGUCAGGGACUCCGAUCACUAGAGUUGUGUAAACGUGCAGCUGGAUUGCUACAAAAAUGUUACAGUUUCACUGAAAACUAGCUCAGUGUAAACAAAGCUUCUGAUAUGGAAAGACAGAUGAGCCUCUCUGUUGAGUUGUGUUCAUACCCCAGAGGAAUGCACCUGCUUAUACAGUUUUAUGCCAUUAGCAUAUGUAUAGUAAGAAAUGUUUAUGUACACGAUAAUUCUCAGCUAGAGUUUUAGCCUUGUGAAACCUCAAAUAUGAUGGUUCAGAUUAACCACUGCUCAACGACAAACUUACCAUACUCGCAUUGUACAAAUGAAAUUAUUAAUAACACUUACUGUAGGAUAACAUUAAGUAUGACAAAUUUAACAGUUAGAUUUUUCUAAAUUCUUAGUGUUAGUAGUGUUAGUGUUAGUUAGGUAGUGUAUGUCAGUAAGACAUUUAUAGUUAUGAGGACUAUAAAUUACACAUAAUAUAUUAUCAGUCCCAUUUAUGAUUUUUCAAAAUGUUGUACAGAAAUGUUUACUCUAGAAAGUGAAUGGUUUCCUUACAAAUUCACAUUUCUGUUCUGGAAGUGUUUAAUUGUAUUUAAAUAUUACCUGGAUUCUUAUUGUUUCUUUUAUUUAGGCUAGAGUUUUGUAUAUAUAUUUGCCUUAUUUUUUUUUAUUUUAAUCGAUUUGCACAAUAUUUGUCAAUGCAUUGUUUUACUUUUCUUAUUUGUUAAAAAAGAACAUAAAGUACUACAGUGCAGCUUUUUACAGUUAAUACAUGUAGAAGUACGGGAAGAUUAUAGGAAGUACAUGCCGGAGUUGUAUAGGUCUGCUGUCACAAAAAAAAAAAAAAAAGAACAAACAUCCUUCCAUUACUGCACGGUCAGUCCUGUAUGAUUAACUGGACACCAAAACAGUUAAGUUAUUGACGUGUAUUUAUUUUCUCAUCCCACACUGGAGACUGGAAUGCUCUGGGUUUCUAACUUAGGCCUCUUCUAUAAACACUCUUCACUAAUGACUGUGCCGCCACAUAUAUGAAAUGCUUAUGCAGCAUUAUUAUGAUUUUCUUGAUCACUGCUGGCGAAAAGGCAGUUUACAAGAGACAAAUAAUAAUUCUGUCUUUGUGGUGUUUGAUAUCCUUAUGCACAUGAGGAAAUGUAAGGCAGCAAAUCAUGUCAUGCUGUUCUUAUUUGUUUUUUAUUUUUAUUUUUGCCUUCGUUGUUGCCUUCACACCUUAUGUGUUUCUUGUUGUUACCUCGGAUAUAAUUGUAUUUACAAUGUGAUUCUUUCUUUUUAGAAAACAAAAGAAGAAAGUCCAUGCCUUGUUUAUGAGUCUUAGCAAUAAAUAUCUUCAAAUUUUAAUUUAUGAAAUAGCUGUAUGCUUUGAUUCCAUAUUAACCUCAAUUGUACUGUUCUGUUUCACCAUCACUUACACAAUUGUAAAGGAAAACAAUAAAAUGAAUUUGGUCGCGA